UUUUGCGGUUCAGCCCUGCUGGGUGGCGGCUCUGCCCUUCACAAAGAUGGCGGCAGGAAAGGGUUAAGAGGGCGAGGCCGCACGGGGCGGAGGCGGUCAUGUGACGGGGGAAGAUGGCUGCUUUUCCGUGGCAUUCGAGGCAGAGAAACUACAAAACUGAAUUGGAGUCAUGUAGGUUAGAGGCGGUACCCCUGGACUUUGGAGAUUAUCAUCCACUGAAACCUAUAACUGUCACAGAAUCAAAGACCAAGAAAAUGGGGAGGAAAGGAAGUACUUCUUCUACUUCCUCUUCUUCCUCUAGCUCCAUGGUGGACCCUUUGAGCAGUGUUCUUGAUGGUACUGAUCCACUCUCUAUGUUUGCAGCAACAGUAGAUCCAGUAACUGUUACAGCUAAUAUGGAUAGCUCAAGAAAGAAACGAGAUAGAGAUGAUAAUUCCACAGUGGGAUCUGAUUUUGAACCUUGGUCAUGCAAACGUGGUGAUAUCCUUGCCAGAUACACAACCACAGAAAAACUCUCUAUUAAUCUGUUUAUGGGAUCUGAGAAAGGAAAGACUGCAACCUCUUCAUCUGCAGUGUCUGAGAAAGUCAGGACGAGGCUGGAGGAACUGGAUGAUCUGGAGGAGGGAUCCCAAAGGGAGCUACUGAAUUUGACUCAGCAGGAUUAUAUGAACCGAAUUGAAGAACUCAAUCAGUCACUGAAGGAUGCCUGGGCUUCAGACCAGAAAGUGAAGGCACUAAAAAUUGUUAUCCAGUGUUCUAAACUUCUUUCCGACACAUCAGUAAUCCAGUUCUACCCAAGCAAAUUUGUCCUCAUCACUGAUAUACUUGAUACAUUUGGAAAAUUAGUAUACGAGCGAAUCUUUUCCAUGUGUGUGGACAACCGCAGUGCUUUGCCAGAUCACUUUUCUCCAGAGAAUGUAAAUGACACGGCCAAAGAAACUUGCUUAAAUUGGUUUUUCAAGAUUGCUUCAAUCAGGGAACUUAUUCCCAGAUUCUAUGUGGAAGCAGCCAUCCUGAACUGCAACAAAUUUUUGUCCAAAACAGGGAUUUCAGAAUGUCUUCCCAGACUGACAUGUAUGAUUAGAGGAAUUGGCGAUCCUUUGGUUUCAGUAUAUGCCAGGGCAUAUCUGUGCAGGGUUGGAAUGGAAGUGGCUCCACAUCUCAAAGAAAAUCUAAAUAAGAACUUUUUUGAUUUUCUCCUUACGUUUAAACAGAUUCAUGGGGAUACAGUUCAGAAUCAAUUGGUGGUACAAGGAGUGGAGAUUCCAUUGUAUCUUACUUUGUAUUCUCCUGCUAUUGAUUGGAUUCUGCAGUGCAUUGCUUAUCAUGCUCCUGAGGUUCUACUUACUGAGAUGAUGGAAAGAUGUAAGAAACUAGGGAACAAUGCUUUGCUAUUGAAUUCUGUGAUGUCAGCAUUUAGAGCUGAGUUUAUUGCUACGAGGUCUAUGGAUUUUAUUGGCAUGAUUAAAGAGUGUGAUGAGUCUGGAUUCCCCAAGCAUCUCCUUUUUCGCUCAUUGGGCUUAAACUUAGCCUUGGCUGAUCCCCCUGAAAGUGAUCGACUUCAAAUAUUGAAUGAAGCCUGGAAAGUUAUCACUAAAUUGAAGAAUCCACAGGACUAUAUUAAUUGUGCUGAAGUAUGGGUAGAAUAUACAUGCAGGCAUUUCACGAAACGUGAAGUCAAUACAGUUUUAGCAGAUGUUAUCAAGCACAUGACACCGGAUCGUGCAUUUGAAGAUGCUUAUCCACAGCUUCAUUCAAUAAUUAAGACAAUUAUCACCUACUUUCAUGAUUUUUCAGUUCUUUUCUCAGUGGAGAAAUUUUUGCCAUUUCUGGAUAUGUUCCAAAAAGAGAAUGUCCGAGUAGAGGUUUGCAAAUGCAUUAUGGAAGCUUUUAUUAAGCAUCAGCAAGAACCUACCAAGGAUCCUGUCAUCUUGAACGCUCUUUUACAUGUUUGUAAGACGAUGCACGACUCUGUGAAUGCACUCACCCUUGAGGAUGAAAAGAGAAUGUUGGCAGUUUUAAUUAAUGGAUUUAUAAAAAUGGUUUCAUUUGGUCGUGACUUUGAGCAACAGCUGAGUUUUUAUGUGGAAACCAGGUCAAUGUUUUGCAAUCUGGAACCUGUUCUUGUCCAAUUGAUUCAUAGUGUGAACCAGUUGACAAUGGAAACAAGAAGAGUAAUGAAAGGAAAUCACUCCAGGAAGACCGCUGCUUUUGUUCGGGCUUGUGUUGCCUUCUGUUUCAUUACUAUUCCUUCCUUGACUGGCAUCUUCACACGUCUUAAUCUCUAUUUGCAUUCAGGUCAGGUUGCCUUGGCAAAUCAGUGCCUUUCCCAAGCUGAUGCUUUUUUCAGAGCUGCAGUAAGCCUUGUUCCUGAAGUUCCAAAAAUGAUUAAUAUAGAUGGAAAGAUGCGACCCUCUGAAUCAUUCCUCCUGGAGUUUCUCUGUAAUUUGUUUUCUACUUUAUUAAUAGUUCCGGAUCAUCCAGAGCAAGGAGUCCUUUUUCUUGUUCGAGGUUUACUAAAUGUGAUCCAGGACUACACUUGGGAAGACAACAGUGAUGACAAAAUUCGUAUCUACACCAACGUUUUACAUCUCCUCUCUGCAAUGAGCCAAGAGACUUAUCUCUACCAUGUAGACAAAGUUGAUUCCAACGACAACCUCUAUGGGGGAGACUCAAAAUUCCUGGCUGAAAACAACAAGCUUUGUGAGACCGUGAUCACACAGAUCUUGGAACACCUCAAAACCCUGGGAAAGGAUGAGACCCUGAAGCGCCAGAGUGUUCUGGCACUUUCCUUCUUUAACAGCAUCUUAGCUCAUGGUGAUCUGCGAAACAAUAAACUUAAUCAGCUUUCUGUUAACCUGUGGAAUCUAGCCCAGAGGCAUGGCUGUGCAGACACCAGGACCAUGGUGAAAACGCUGGAAUAUAUCAAGAAACGAAGUAAACAACCAGAAAUGAGUCAUUUGACUGAACUGGCCCUCAGGCUCCCACUGCAAACCAGGACCUGACCAAAAGAAUCUUGUUCCUGAGCUCUGAGCUCAGGAUUCUGUAGUUCAGUCAGGAAAUAUAUACAUUAUCCUAGGCUGUUAUUGGAAUUUCGUCUUCUUUCAUUUUAAGAAUCCCUUAACAUGAUAGCUUGCUUUUUAUUUUGGCAUUGGUUUAAAUUAUUCUGACAAUCCAAAGAGGUAUGCUAAAAUCAGAUUUCAUUACAUCAUCAAUUCCCAUCUGCAAGAAAAAGGCAUCUUGGUUUCUAUUUACAAAUAACACUUCAUGGGGGCAGCUGGGUGGCUCAGUGGAUUGAGAGCAGGCCUAGAGAUGGGAGGUCCUGGUUUCAAAUCUGGCCUCCUAUACUUCCCAGCUGUGUGACCCUGGGCAAGUCACUUAACCCCCAUUGCCUAGCCCCUGCUGCUCUUGUCUUGUUUAAGAAAAAAAAUAUUGCAUGUAAACAUGAAAAUCCUCCUAACACCUUUUCUUUUUUAAAGAUAAUCCUAAAAUCCUAUUUGGAAAGUCCUGAAGAUGGAGUGAGGAAGAUCUCAGUUCAAAUUAUGCUUCUGAUGUGACUGGACACUAAUUAAUUAACCUCUUGGAGCCACAAUUUCUUAAUCAAUAAGAAGGCAAUAGAUAAUACCCAGGGAAUCUACCUCAUAGGAUUUGUGAGGCUAAAGUGAGAAAAUGUAUAUACAAUUCUUUGCAAACUUGAAGGGAUCUGUUUAAAUUGUUAUUAUCUAGCAAGUUACUUCAGGAUACAAAUACCCAUUCUCAAUUUUUUGAUUUAAGAAACAUUAAUUUCCAUUAAAUAGCCUUUUAGGAUUUUAAAAGAUUAAUAUAUUAAUAAGUAGAUUGAUCACUUUGAUAGUAAUUUUCUACUGUAAAAUCUGUGGAGAACAUUUUAGGUGGAGUAGUAAGGGAUUUCUCUCUCCCCCUUACACUAGCCUUAGUAUCUAGCAGCGGAGCUACUUGUCCAGGAGACAAACUAUAAGUUGGAUAGUUGGUUCAGGAGUUUUAGUCAAAAGUUGAAGAAGCAAAAACACAUUUCUACAGAGAAACAGCUUUAGGAGUGGGACCUCUCAAAAUGAAAGGAGAGCCAGUUAGCAAUUCAACAGCUAACAAGCUGGAAAUUAGAAACCACGCUACAGGGAGAAGAUCCUGUGGCCUAGUUGAGCAGCCCAUGAAAAACCCAGGAAGGAGAGCUUUGUGAGGACUCCUUUAGGAGUAAAAAGACAUUUAAGGCAUUGAAGCCCUAGAGUUGAGUGGUCUAGCCUUUUGUCCUCUGAAUAUGUGCCUCUUUACCAUGGUUCGUGCCCACUCUUUCAUGAUUGUAUUUUAGUAUUUCAGAGGUAAAACUCAGUUCACGUGGAAGGAGAAAGGUAGCAUUUUGUAGUUACGCCAUCUUAGAUGUCUUUGCCAAGAACUCCUUCUUGGAGCUGUUAGUAGAUUAAGGAAAGCACACCAGUUGGGCCUCAUGAGCUACAACUGCCAGAGCUGGUACCCACAGAGAACGCUUAGAACCUCAAGGUCAAAACUUUCUAUGGGAGUCGUCCAGAACCAGUGCUAUGUGCAUAUAGUAGCGUUUUUGUUCUGGUGGCUAUAAUCGAGAGAGUAAACUUAUCUAAUUUAAGGUGGAAAGCCUGGAAAUCAGGAGACUCGAGUUUGAAUCAAAAUUGCAAUUUAUUACCUGUGACUUUGGACAAAUCACUUAAGCUCUGGGCCUCAAUUUCCUCAGCUAUGAAUUGACUAGACGGCAUCUAGAAGUCAGUGCUAGUCAAAUCCCCUUAAAAUGGGAUUAAGACUCUUGGCCCCUCUGUAUAACUUAGAGGAAUCAUGAAUACAUUUUGUAAAUUGUUCUUACCUGCUUCAUAAACUUUCAGUUACCUCGGAGAAAUAUUUUCUUCUGUUGUGACAAUGGGAGCAAAACUAAAGGAAGUUAUCUUUCAAACCAGUGUGCCUUUGUUUUCCCAGAUAAAUGAGUCGUUCUCUAAAACCAGUUACAGUUGGUGUUAUGAGUAUGACCUUGUUUUAAUGAUAAUCCAGACUUUCUUAACAGGAGCCCAACAUGAAAAUAAGGGGAAAUCAAUAUAAAGAGUUAUUCAAUUCCUAACCAAAGGUGUUCAGGGAUAGAGAGGACCUGUUAUCUCAUUGGUAUAAGGAGUUUGCACAUGAGGAAACUAUUGGUGUACACUGAGAGUUUAAAGAUUCAGGGCCUGUGGGCUCUGCUCUGUAUCCUGCUGCCUCUCUUUCCAGAGGAAGAAAUAAGAUUUCAAGAGUUCCGUAAUGUUCUUAUAUAUAAACCGCACCUACCAAAAAAAAAGUUAGGGAAAUAAGAAUCAUUAUAAAAAUGGGGAUAAUUGCUUUGAAAGGCUGGGGAAACCGAACAGCAUGAAAUCGUUAGAUCCCUGUAGGUAAUGACUGCUGGCAUCCACCCUCCCCAAUAUGGAGAGUAAUUGGUUACAAUUGUGCCAGAACAAAGAAGAGGGGGAAAAAAAUGCUAAGAUUAUUUUCUCACUUAGAAACCGAUGUCUCGGUCCACUUUGAAGUUAAAAAUUUUAAAACCUGGUUAGAUUUUGCACCUCCCAAAGACCAGUUGGGGAGGAAAAUCAUGUGAAUGUAUGUUUACUUUCCACCAGCUGCACCCCAUCAUGCUCCCAGGAAACCCACUGUAGCACAGGACCAAGUUCGCUUUGGGACUCGCACCUCAUCAGUCCCCUCAGGCCCCAUGACCGGAGAGGGGAGUAAAGACCUCCCCACACGGCCUCUAUUGAAACAGGACUCCGGCCAGCCGGCUCUUCAUUUACCACCAGCUACACUACUUGGACUGGAGUCUACUGUGCCCCGUCUCCGCAGCCUUCUCCAGCUUUCUUCUUGGGUUGUCUUCCCCCAUUAGACUGUAAGCUCUUUGGGGGCAGGGACUGCCUUUUUCUUAUUGUUUCUCUGGAGCCAAACACAGUGUUUGGCAAAGUAGGCUCGUUUCUUGAUUUCUUUCAUUGGAUCUUGCUUCUUGCACAGAACAUAUGAGAGCCAAUCAUCGUGCAUAUGUACAAUAAAAUAUCCUAAGCAACAACAAA